AUGAUGAACCCCUCCUUCCAGCCACCGAGCCCAAUCCCACCGCGAACCAGCUCCGCUGGCGCCGCAAAUGGACCUGCGAGCCCCCCUCACCGACAGAGAAGGUCGGUCGCAGAGGGCGAAGCGUCGGCCGGGCUGCCGCCUAAAUCGAAGCACCGACGAAACAAGUCCAGCGUCGACGGGACAAAAUACAAGGAUGGGACCUGGUCGUCGACGAAUGAGAAAAUCCUCAUGGGCCCCUAUGACUAUAUGCACCAGCAUCCGGGCAAAGAUGUGCGCCGCCAGCUGAUCCAGGCAUUCAACGCCUGGCUCCAGGUCCCGCCGGAGAGUUUGGCGGUGAUCGAGAAGGUGGUGACGAUGCUGCAUACGGCAUCCCUGCUAAUCGACGACGUCGAAGACAACUCCGUCCUGCGUCGCGGGGUCCCUGUCGCCCACAACAUCUUCGGCACCGCACAGACAAUCAACUCUGCCAACUACGUCUACUUCCUCGCCUUGCAAGAAAUCCAACAACUGCGCAAUCCUGCCGCAAUCGACAUCUACGUCAAAGAGCUGCUGAACCUGCACCGCGGCCAAGGCAUGGACCUCUUCUGGCGGGACACCCUCACCUGCCCCACAGAGGAUGAGUACCUCGAGAUGGUGGGCAACAAGACGGGCGGGCUCUUCCGACUCGCCGUGAAACUGAUGCAGGCUGAGAGCGCGACGGGCAAGGACUGUGUGGCGCUCGUGAAUGUCAUGGGCCUGAUCUUCCAGAUCUGCGACGACUACUUGAACCUGUCGAAUACCACCUACACGCGCAAUAAGGGUCUAUGCGAGGACUUGACGGAGGGCAAGUUCUCGUACCCGAUCAUCCACAGCAUCCGCUCCAACCCGACCAGCCACCAGCUGCUCAGCAUCUUGCAGCAGAAGACGCAGGACGAGGAGGUGAAGCGCUAUGCGGUGCAGUAUAUGCAGAGCACCGGCAGUUUUGCGCAUACGCGCCAGGUGGUGAGGGAGCUGCAUGAGCGGGCGUUGUCGUUGAUCGAGAUGAUCGACACAACGCCCCGCAUUAACGGUUCUGGUGAUGGGGCGAUGGUGCGUGCGGUGUUGAAUAAGAUUGUGGAGUCCACGCUAUCGGAUGAGGCUACCUAA